CAUGUCGAUAAUCGUGGGGUGAGGGUGCCAACUGUGUCACGAGCAGCAGUAGCAGCAGCAACCGCCUCUGCACAGUCCAGACGAGUUCCAUGGCGAGAAAGACAAAGACAAGCAUGAAUAAAGCAUGCUGCAAGGACACAUCUAGCCACUAGCACUUCCCUGAGUGGCAUCACCAUGAGCUACACGUCAGCUUUAUCGAGGGAGCCCUAAGGAGUUUCCUUCAGCCAAGUGGCACUGCCCGUCAUGCCCUGCUGGCCCAAGCUCGUCUAGAUGUAACUGGCGUUGAUGUGUGCCAGUGGCGCUCGGCAGCCAGGAUGCAGUGGAGACGACGGCACUGCUGCACGCACAUCGCCGCGCUUCUCACCCUGCUCUCCUUCCUGGGCUUGCUCCUCAUCCUUGGCCACCAGGACUGGCGACCGGGCCGCAGCCGGAGGGACGGCCAGCACGCUGCACGGGGGCCGGGGCAGCGCCAGGCAGAGGCCACCCACAGCCAGAGCCGUAACCACAGCAUCCUGCCCCGCGUCAGCGCGGCCUGGAGGGAUUCUCCAGCUCCACCGGCCAAUGCAAACCCCAAGCCUGUGGUGAACCUCAGCUCCUACCCAGGUGAAGAGGGCGGGGUGGUCGGUCUGGAGAACUCGCUGGGCGCCAACAGCAGCCUCAGCGAAGAGAUGAAGGCCGCAGGCUCCACGCUGCCUCUUGAGCCCUACGAGUACAUCCUGAACGAGCCCAACAAAUGCCGAGACGUCACACCCUUCCUAGUGCUGUUGGUUUCUACCGAGCCGGAGCAGAGGGAGGCCCGGGACGCCAUCCGGCAAACGUGGGGGAACGAGAGUGUGGUCGACGGCCUAGGAAUGGUGCGUCUUUUCUUGCUGGGAAUACAGAAUGCCAGCAGCAGGGCGGCGAGUGAAGAGCUUCACCGUUCUUUAAGAGCCGAGAGCCAGACGUACCAUGACAUCAUCCAGCAGGAGUACCUGGACACAUACUACAACCUCACGGUUAAGACUCUGAUGGGAAUGCACUGGGUGGCCACCUACUGUCCUGGGGCCAACUAUGUCAUGAAGACAGACAGUGACAUGUUCGUCAACACAGAGUACCUCAUUCAGAAGCUACUCCGACCCGGCACACAGCCGAGGCGGAGGUACUUCACUGGGUACCUCAUGCGAGGGUAUGCGCCAAACCGCAAUAAGAACAGCAAGUGGUACAUGCCUCCAGAGCUUUACCCCAGUGAGCGCUACCCCACUUUCUGCUCUGGGACAGGGUACGUGUUUUCAGGAGACAUGGCAGCCAAGAUCUACAGGGCCUCGUUGAGCAUACGGAGGCUUCACUUAGAGGACGUGUAUGUGGGUAUCUGUUUGGCCAAGCUGCGGAUUGAUCCCAAGCCCCCGCCAAAUGAGUUUCUCUUUAACCACUGGCGCGUGUCGUACAGCAGCUGCAAGUACAGUCACCUGAUUACCUCCCACCAGUUUCACCCCAAUGAACUGCUCAAGUACUGGCACCACCUGCAGAGCAACAAGCACAACUCCUGCAUAAACACACCCAAAGACAAAGACAAGAGUGGUAGGUUUCGCCAAAGAAAACUGCACUGGGGCCAA